AUGAUGCAACUCAGACGCGCCCCGGGGACCGAUUCGCCUGCUAAGUGUUCUCUGAGCCAGGCCACUGGCAAGGAGGCACGCUUCCUCAAGUUCGACCUUUCCGACUUGCACGCUAUCAAAGCGGCUGCUGAAGAGUUUCUCGGCAAAGAACGCGACCUCGAUAUCUUGUUCAACAGCGCGUGCGGUGUCAUGAUGGCUCCGGUCGACCAAUGCACUGUAGAUGAUAAUGCUACGACCUCCAAUGUGGCACAAACGUCCUGGGGCAUUUCUACUUUACCAAGCUUCUUCUCCCGGCCCUUCUUCCUCCAGCCGGGACUGAAGUCCAAUCAACGGAACCGGCUCACGUCAUCACUACGUCGUCAAUCGGUCACCGCCCCGGCCGUAUCGACUGUGGCACUCUGCGCGACAGCCCUCGUCGUCGUCGGCGACAUUCUCAUCGCCUCGGAGCUCCAGCGCCAGUACGGCGACCAGGGAAUUGUCUCCAUCGCCGUCAACCCCGGCAACCUCGACAGCGAGCUCUAUCGGCAUUUGCCGAAGCUUGCCGUGGCGCUCAUGCGCCCCUUCCUCCUCCCGCAGCCGCUUGGCGCACUCACGCGGCUCUAUGCGGGAACGGCCCCGGAGGCGGUAAACCUUGGCGGAGAAUAUCUCAUGCCUUGGGCGCGGCCCGGCAAGGCGCAGGGGCACUCGCGCCUGAUGAGCAGCUCGCGCGCGAGCUCUGGAAGUGGUGCGAGGAGCAGGUCGAGCAGAUCUAGCGGGUAUCGCUUAGCGAUAAAGCUCAUCAAGUUGACUAUCACCCAUUAG